UAAAUGGACGAGGACGUAGUAAUUUUAUUAUACAAUAGAUUAAAUAAUUUAUUUAUGGAUUAUAAUUCAAAAGUGUACCUAUAAAUGUAGCAUACAUGUGUCAAGCAUUGCACAAAUACUCUACUCAAAGCCUAGUUGGACCCAUUAGAAAACCUUUGUUUAAACAGAUGUGUUAACAAAUACGCUGAAGCCAUUGAUUUUUCAAUGCAAUAAUUCAAGUAGACAAUUUACUCAUAGAAGGUUGCACACUUUAAAGCAAGAGGAACUAGCCAAAUAGCAGCAGUUAAUGCAAUAAUAAAAAGAAAUGGUAAAAUCAUCACUUUUUGGUAAAUGA